AUUCUUGUGUAUUUUACCGCUCAACCGAUCGUCGUCACUGCUCGCUACUCUCAAACCCCCCAAUUCUCUGCAUCCACGAUUGGAUUUUUUAUUGUUAGCGCAGGCAUAUUUUCAAACAUCUCUGCCCAAGGAUUUCGAUUGGGGUUUUGGUCGGGGAAGCGAACAUAUUCAAGAGACUGAACCUGAAGAAUCCCACCUACUUCUCGAUCAAUUUUCCGUUCAAAUUUUUUCAAUACAAUGAAUGAAGGAGGGGAGGGGAAGUCUGUCGAUUUUGCUGGAGAUCAACAGCCGCAGCCGACCACUGAUGUUCCUCAAUCCACGCUGCCUCUAGUGAUGCAAGCCAAUCCCCAAACCCUUUCAGAGAAAAACACUAGAGUUGAUGCUGUGUGGCAGCAGAUGAACAAAGGAAUUUCUAAAGAGAAGCUGAAUUCCAUUAUAAAGAAGUCUCCCUCAAAUUCAAAAGGAACUUCAUCUAAACCUUCUUCAAAAACAUCUUCUUCCAGUUGGAUGACAGUUCUUGGACUUGGUCCAAAAAAGACUUCACCUCUACAGCCCACACCAAAGUCAAAGCCAGAUGAUAAACAAGACGGUGUUAGUCAAGACACCAUGAAACUUGCAGCUGCCGCCCUUUCUGCCGCCAGGGAUGCCGCCAACAUGGCCAAUGUUUCAGGAAGAGGCAAAAUCGAGGUGAGAGAAAUGAGAGACUUUGCAGGGGAAGCCAUUGAAGUAAAGAAGUUUGUUGAUGCAAACACAAAAGAAGCAUCAGAAAAAGAAAAAGGGAGUAGUGCACCUUCUGCAGUAGAUUCGAUUCUUGAACAAAUUAGAAAGAAACCAAAACUAAGUGUUCUUGAUAAGACCAAAAAAGAUUGGGGUGAAUUUAAGGAAGAAAACCGGUUGGAUGAAGAGCUUGAAACUUAUAAAAAGAGUGGAAAUAAGUAUUUGGAUAAAGUCUCUUUCUUGCAACGUGCAGAUUAUCGUGAGUUUGAGAGGGAAAGAGAUGCAAGAUUAGCUGUGCAGGCUAAAAGGAAGACUGAUAUGCGAGAAGAUGACUAAUAAAUACCAAUAUUUUAUAAAAUGUUUUAUUGUUUCAUCUUUGUUUUUAGAGAUUUUGUAACAUGAGAGCGGAUAUUGUUUGAUAAUUUUCAUCUAUGCAUGAGAUGCGCACAAACUAGUGCAUUUGGUAUUUAA